GUCGUGCGAUACUUUAUGCUUAUCAUCUGUAAUAUAACAUCGAUAUGUCAACUAUCGCGACAUAUUCUUGAAAAUUCGAUAGUUCUUGAUUUUGUCCAUCUUUUGUUGUUGUUGAAUUGUAAUUAAUAUGUAUACGGUAGUUUCGCUGACAUUUGGUGCAAACAUUAGCCAUGGAACAAGUAUGCCGCACUUGCAUGACCAGCUCAGUGGCACUCGUGGAUAUAUUCACCGAUCAGAGGGAACCUAGUCUGGCAGCUAUGCUAAACGAGUGUGUCGCCUCGAUAAAGAUAGAACUGAAUGAUGAGCUGCCGGAGAAAAUGUGCCUCUCGUGCAUUUGUGAUAUACAAACGGCAUUUGCAUUCAAGCGCAGGUGCGAGAAAAGCCAUCAGGUGUUAAGCGAAAAGCUUAAGAAAAGUAAAAUGAUGAGUGCAAUAAAGGUAGAAAUGCCAGAGGAAGGCAUAGACCUGGGUCGGGUUAAGAUGGAAACAGACGAGUUGUUGAGUACUGGGCACAAAAUGGAAUGCAAACCUGAAAGGGUAUGCCAAACAGAAGUCCAUGACAAUCAUAUAUCCACAAGUGUUUUCAGUAUUCGGGAAAUUGAUAGCUCCAAUCAAAGGGCACCUAGCAUUCUGCUGGAUAACGCAAAACAAAAGAACAGCGAGCUAAAUGUCCAGUCCGAGCUGCUUGAAACAGAAAACUGGGAGCUGGCGGAGCAAGACAUAGAUCUAGGCCAUGUCAAAGUAGAAAAGGAUAGCGAAGAUUACAUUAAGGAGCAACAAACUGAACCAAGCUCACGGAGCAACGACAAAUGCACCGAAGAAGUUUUCAAUCCUAUUCCUGCCGACGAGAUGUCUUCUGGCGUAGAUACGAAAAAAGGCCAGUUUUUAUGUCCACACUGCAAAAAAACGUUUACGCAAAAAUCCCACCUCAAUGCACACAUUCGUACGCAUACGGGCGAACGACCAUUUCAGUGUCCGCACUGCUCGAAAGCGUUCAGUCAGUCGUCGAAUCUUCGCAAACACAUCAGCAUUCAUUCGGGCGAACGUCCCUUUAAGUGUCCCCACUGCCUGAGAGCUUUUAUGCGGCACACGGAUCUUCAGUAUCACGUCUCCACGCAUCCAGGCAAACAAAUCUACAAGUGUCCGCAGUGCACAAGAUACUUUAUAGAGGAGGCCGAGCUCGAGGAGCACAUGCGGUAUCACAACGGCGAGCGGACCUACAAGUGCAAAGAGUGCUCCAGGGAAUUUGUCUACGCCUGGCAACUGCAGCGGCACAUUCGAACGCACACGGGCGAGCAUCCCUUUAAGUGUCCGCACUGCCCGAAAAAUUGCAUAGACAAAGGAGAUUUGGGCAGACACAUACGCUCCCACACCGGCGAGCGUCCGCACAAGUGUCCACACUGUCCAAAAGCCUUCACUCGGGCUGCCUAUCUCAAAACGCACAUUAGCACUCAUGCCGAGAGUUCGUGUUAACAUUUGUAUAUAAGGGAGAUCAUCUUUAGAAAUAUAUAUAAUAUAAUAUAUAUAUAAAAUAAUAAAUAUAUAUAAUAUAAUAUAUAUAUAUAAUACUCGACUCAAAUGUAGAUAUUGAU